AUGAACAUGUUUGGAAUAAUUGGUCGUGCUGCAGCUAGAAAUGUUUUUGCCUCAAGCAGAAGACCUUUAAUCACUCAGUCUUUAAAGAGAGUGUCAAUAAGUGCCCCCAUGGCAAGAACUUUCAUAUCUUCCAGAUUCUUGUUAAAUCAGCAAUCCCAAAAUGUUGGUGAAAUAUUAAAGUCUGAACUAAAAAUAGAAAAGGAAGGAUUAACUGAUGUGUCUUCAGAUCCUUUCAAGGAAUUUUUGGAUAAGUUUGGAUUUUCUGUUAUUGACACCCCUGGCAAAAAUGAAGCUGAAAUUGUAAGGAAGACAAAUGAUGGUGAAACUGUGCGUGUUUCUUUUGAUGUAGCUCAAGUUGCUAACUUGCCAUACGACGCCUCAGUAGUGGAUAAUUUGAACCAGGAGGCCAGUGAGGAAGCCUUAGGACAGCAGCAGGAAGCUGAAGAAGAGGAUUUCGAUUCUCUAGCUGAUAAUUUUGCUAAUGUUAAUGUGGUAGUUAGUAAGGAUGAUAACUCUGCACUAUCUUUUGAAUUAUUGAUGAAUCUACAAGAGGGUUCCUUUUAUGUCGAUAGUGUUACUCCAUUUAAGUCAAUUGACCAGGCUCUUAAUGAAUCUGCUGAUGCUGAGUUAAAUAGAGAGUUGGUUUACCACGGGCCACCAUUUUCUAAUUUGGACGAAGAGUUACAAGAAUCCUUAGAAGUUUACUUGGAAAGUAGAGGUAUAAAUGAAGAAUUGGCAUCAUUUAUUGGUGCUUAUUCUGAAUUUAAGGAAAAUAAUGAAUAUGUUGACUGGUUGGAAAGUAUGAAUCAAUUUUUCAAGAAUUAA